ACAUUCAUACUGGCGAUAAAUCAUUCCAGUGUAAAAUCUGCUCUAAAUCAUUCAUUCGAGGAGGUACUUUGAAAUCCCAUGAAAGAAUUCAUACUGGUAAAAGACCAUUUCAGUGUAAAAUCUGCUCUAAAUCGUUCACUGAGAAAUAUAAUUUGAAAAGACAUGAAAAAAUUCACACUGAAGAAAAAUCAUUACAAUGAAAAAGUUGAUCUGAAAAUAUAUGACAACCAUUUUAGUGUAAAUUACAUUCUGAAUAUUUCAGUGUAAAUGUUUUUUUAAAAUUGCAUGACAAAAUUUAUAAUUGUUAAAAAGGAUUUCAUUUCUAAGAGCAACAGUAAAAUAAAACAUUGUUGAAAAGAACAACUCAUAUCUUAUGUUCUUAAAAGAUCUGAAAUAGCUUCCUUUCAAGUUAUAUGUAAAUGAUAGUACUGAACAAAUCUGAAGAAGAUAUUGAUUGUAUACCGAAACACGUGUUAUUGUUUUGUAAACUGUAAAUACGUUAUUAAAUGGAUUUUCAUCAAGUAUUAGCCGUUUCCAUCACAUAUUAGUUUAUUGAAAGAUAAUUAGAAGAUAAUUUUCAAUAUUUAAAUGAAAUAUCUGUAUGCGUCUUGUUCUUAUACUUUGUUAUGUUUCAAAAGUUCAUUAUACACGAAAUUGUGGAACUCCUCAUGACCUCGAUAGAUCCCGGAAUAUUUCGUUUUGAAACCAAGGAAUCACACGGUAAAAGGGAUGUGAUAGCUGGUUAACGGAAAAACGGAUAACGACCGUCUGCAAAAAUGGCACGUGAAUGCCGUAAUCGGAGUGGAGUCCAAAAGGUGUAAGUUCAAAAUGAAGGUAUGUUUGAAUUGCUAUGCCUCAAUCACGACAACUGUGCUCCCUGACGAAACUUCUGUACACUAAAAACAGGAGAAACCUGGUCAAAUGCACUCAAAUGAGAAGCAACAGCCAUAAUAGAGAUAGAGAGAGGUAGAAGGAAUAUCAACAUAACCUUAUAAGCUAUAGGUUAUGUCAGUGAAUGCAAAGGGGAUAUAUAUUUUUCCUCCGACAGGUGACUACUUUCUACAAAUAGACACAAGUAUAUUUUCUAAAAGAACAUAAUUUGUGACUGUGUGACAUGGCUACUCCUGGUACAACUAAUGGUGAAUAUGGAUGUGGGAGGAAAAUUAAACAGGAGGUAGAAUCUUUUGUGGAAGAAAAUGACACUCACAAUUCUGAAGAAAAAUAUGAUGCACUUCAAGUGAUUACCUCAAGGAAUGAAUUUUAUCCAGAACAGAUAAAGAGUGAAGAUACUGAUGUUGGUUAUCAUGAUCUGAAAUUUGAAUGCAAGGAAGAAAUGAAGGAAGGCUUAUAUUGUGAGGUGUGUGGAGGAAAUGUACUUAGUCCAAAGGAUUUUUUUAGCCCUGUUACUUUGAAAGGCAGCUGUAAUUGUCAAUGCCAGAAUGAGUCUAAUGCUAUGCAAGAUCCCGAAGAAUUUCACUUCCAAGUCAAGGAAGAGACAGUUGUUGGAAAUGAAGAGGAAGUUAUCAAUGAAAAUAUGAAAGAGAUGAAGGAAAUAAUUAGUUCUGGAUACUAUUCCAAUUCAAUUAGUGAGAGUAGAAUUCAUGAGGAAAACAAAAUUUGCUCAAGAAAUAUGAAAGAAAGAACUGGUGUGAAUUCUGUUGAAAACCAGCAUUCGCAAAAGUUCCCACUUUAUAAUAGAAUUUGCACAAAGUCAUCCUUUGAAAGUAUUGAUUUAAAAGGUGGUGAAAAAAUUAAUUUUGAUUCGAAACCAUUUCACUGUAAAAUUUGCUCUAAAUCCUUCAAAGAGAGGGGUAACUUGAAAAUACAUGAACAAAUUCAUACUGGUGAAAAACCAUUUCAAUGUAAAAUCUGUUCUAAAUCUUUCAAUAAAAAGUGUUAUUUGAAAUGCCAUGAAAAAAUUCAUACUGGUGAAAGACCAUUUCUGUGUACAAGGUGUCCUAAAUCAUUCAUUCAAAAAGGUAAUUUGAAAUCUCAUGAAAAAAUUCAUAUUCCUAAAUCAUUUCAGUGUAAAAUCUGUUCUGCAUCAUUCACCGAAAGAAAUAAUUUGAAAAAUCACGAAAACACUCAUAAUAUGGAAAUACCAAUUCAGUGUAAAAUCUGCUCUAAGUCAUUCAUUCAGAUAGGGAACUUGAGAGCGCAUGAAAAAAUUCAUACUGGUGAAAAACCAUAUCAAUGUAAAAUCUGCUCUAAAUCAUUCCGCCAAUCUGGUACUUUGAAAACACAUGAAAAAAUUCAUAGUGCUGAUAAACCAUUUCAGUGUAAAAUAUGCUCCAAAUCAUUCCGUCAUCGUGGUACUUUGAAAAUACAUGAAAAACUACAUACUGGCGAUAAACCAUUCAAGUGUAAAAUCUGCUCUAAAACAUUUACUCUUAGAGGUCACAUGAAAAGACAUGAAAACGUUCAUACUGGCGAUAGACCAUUCAAGUGUAAAAUCUGCUUUAAAUCAUUCAUUCAAGUAGGUCAUUUAAAUAGACAUGAAAAAAUUCACACUGGCGAAAAACCGUUUCAGUGUAAAUUCUGCUCUAAGUCAUUCGUUCAAAGAGGUGAAUUGAACAAUCACGAAAAAAUUCAUACAGGUACGAGACCGUUUCAGUGUAAAAUCUGCUCUAAAACAUUCAUUGGAAGUAGUGAUUUGCAUACACAUGAAAAAUGUCAUACUGGCAAUGAAUCAUUUCAAUGUAUAACCUGCUCUAAAUCUUUUAAUCUAUAUGGCAAUUUGAAAAGACACGAAAAAAAUCAUACUGGCGAUAAAUCAUUUAAGUGUGAAAUUUGCUCUAAAUCAUUCAUUCAUAGAGGUGAUUUGAAAAUACAUGAAAAGAUUCAUUCUGGGGAUAAACCAUUCAAGUGUAAAAUCUGCUCUAAAUCAUUCAUUCAAGGAGGUAAUUUGAAAGUACAUGAAAGAAUUCAUACUGGCGAAAGACCAUUUCACUGUGAAGUCUGCUCUAAAUCGUUCACUGAGAAAAGUAGUUUGAAAUUGCAUGAAAAAAUUCAUACUGGCGAAAAGCCAUUUCAGUGUAAAAUUUGCUCUAAAUCUUUUAUUCAAAAUGGUCACUUAAAAAGACACGAAAAAAUUCACACUGAAGAAAAACCGUUAAAAUGAAAAAUUUGUUCAAAGUUGUUCUGAAAAUAUAUGAAUGUUCUUUAAAGUUCUGAAAUGGCUUCCUCUCAAGUUGUAUGUAUGAUAGUAGUAAAAAAAACCUGAAGAAGCUAUUGAUUGUAUACUGAAACACGUGUUAUUGUUUUGUAAACUGUAAAUAAGUUAUAAAUGGAUUUUAAUCAAGUAUCGGCCAUUUUCAUUACAUAUUAGUUUAUUGAAAGAUAAUUUUCAAUGUGUUAAUGAAAUAUCUGUAUGCGUCUUGUUCUUAUACUUUGUUAUGUUUCAAAUGUUCAUUAUAAAUAAAAUUGUAGAACUCCUCA